GGCCAUCAAAACGUUGCAGAGAUAUCGCUGAAUGUUGCUCGAAACGUCAGUAGUAGGAUGAGAGAGAGAAAGAGAGAGGAGACUAAGAAUAAGUGAGAGAGAUUGAGAAAGUGAAGAGUGAAAGUAAGAGGGUACCUGCGCAUGAGGUUCCAUUUCGAUAAUUUCAUGAGAAUAUGGCACAACUAGAGGUUAAAAAAGAAACCCUUCAAUUUGAGAAAAAUAUUGCAUAUUUUAUUGCCCAACUUUGGUACAAAUUUGAAGCAAUGUUUAUGCAAUGAGUCGACUCCCAAGUUACAAAGAGUACUAAAAGCGGUUCUUGUCCUUGCGCCCUCUCAUCCUCUCUAGUCUCUAGCCACUUCACAGAUUUCCCCUUUACUUCAAUUGCAUUCCUCCUCCCUUUACUUCUCUCCCUCUCCUUCUUCCUACAAUGUUCUCGCUUUCGCAUUCAAUUUCUCAAUCUCCCACCAAUUUUCCCUCUCUUUCCACCCCUUCAAACCCCUUUAAACCCACCUCUCUUUUCUCCCAUUUCUCCACUCCCUCGCUUCCAUCCUCUCCUUCCCUCUUCGUUUCUCUCCCUUCCCGCUGUUCCCACUUUGUUUCUUCAGUAAUGUCGUCCAAUUCCCAAUUCUCUAACGAUGUCGACACUGCCAUUGACAUGGGUUUUGAUGGUCAUGACCUUGAUCGCUUUGCCGAGGUUGCCAACAGGGUCGCGGAUGCUGCUGGGGAAGUCAUCCGGAAGUAUUUUCGCCAGAAGUUCGAGAUCAUUGAUAAGGCGGAUUUCAGUCCUGUGACUGUGGCAGAUCAAGCAGCGGAGGAGUCUAUGGUUUCAGUUAUAUUGAAGAACUUUCCUUCUCAUGCUAUUUAUGGUGAGGAAAAGGGAUGGAGAUGCAAAGAAAAUUCAGCUGAUUAUGUUUGGGUUUUAGAUCCCAUCGAUGGCACGAAAAGUUUUAUCACUGGAAAGCCCCUGUUUGGAACUCUCAUUGCAUUGUUAUAUAGAGGGAAACCAAUUUUGGGCAUCAUUGAUCAGCCUGUUCUGAGAGAAAGAUGGAUAGGAUUAAAUGGGAGGAGAACUACAUUGAAUGGGCAAAACGUAUCUACAAGAACCUGUUCAGACAUAUCACAGGCCUAUUUAUAUACUACAAGCCCUCACCUUUUCAGUGGAGAAGCAGAUGAGGCAUUUGCUCGUGUGAGGAACAAGGUAAAAGUUCCCCUGUAUGGUUGUGACUGCUACGCAUAUGCCCUUUUAGCGUCGGGUUUUGUAGAUCUUGUGAUUGAAUCUGGUCUCAAGCCGUAUGAUUUCCUCUCUCUAAUACCCAUAAUCAAAGGGGCUGAUGGUGAAAUAACCGAUUGGAAAGGAGAUGAGCUUUGUUGGGAAGCCUUACCUAAUUCUCGAGCAACAAGUUUUAAUGUGUUAGCAGCUGGGGAUAAAGGUAUACAUCAACAAGCCCUUGAAUCAUUAAGAUGGGUCUGACAAUUCUAGAUACUCACUAGAGAAAGAAUAGUUGGCUUUGAAGUUUCAGUUUGACAGCAACUUUUGGCCUCUUGGACUGGACGUAACACAGAAUUAAAAAAAAAUUGCAAAGCAUAUCUAGUGUAGGUUUAUCUUUAUCUUCAUGUGUUAUUGGUGACUAUUUAAGUGCACAACAUUAAUAGAAGGUACAGAUCCCUCUCUCCCUUCAUUGUUCUACAUGUUGAGGAAUGGGGGUGAUAACUCUUUUAUGACGAAGUCUAGUCCUUUCAACAAAGCCAUCAGAUGAUAAUCAAUAAUUGAAAUUACACCCCCAAUUGGAGAUCAUAUAGCUUGUGGUUUCUUUCCAUUACCUUCAUAUGUAAAAAAACGUUUUUCAUGGGAUCAUUUCUUCAUUAUUCUUGUCUAUGGAUGUACGAUCUUCGAUGUGGUUACCACAAGAAAUUUCCAGGGAAGUGUUCUAAAUUGUGUAACCCUCUUGUUUUUCCUUGUUAUUAUCCUUUUUUUUUUCUUCAAUGAGAAACAUUUAGUUAUCGAAUGAAA